GUUUGGGAAACUUCUUCCCAAUGAAAUUGAUUUCACUUUCAUCUGAAUAUUUUCUUGAGAAAUGUAAAUAAAUGUAUGAAUCUCAAGGGGAAGGCUGUCCACGCCCUGUGCUGAUAUUGACAUGGCUUGUGACGGUUAAGGAUAUUUUUUUAAAGUUUGUGGUUACUUUAAAGUGCUGUUUUUCUUUAAGUGGUAGUUACCCAUUUGCCGAAUUGGUUGUGUUUCUGGUUAAUAUCCAGCUAAAUGUAAAAACUUGCACAAAUCCUUUAGUUUGUAUUCACAUGAGACUUAAUCACAAUAGGUCAAAGGUCAGCUAUGAAGGUUUUUGCUAAGAUCCUUUUGCAUAAUUUAUCUGCCACUAGGACUUUUGUACCAUUGAGAUAUGUGUGUGUCUGUGUCCAUGAGUUAUUCAGGGGUCAGCUUUGUACUUUCUCUCUGUAAUGUGAUGCAUUUGAGCUCCUGGUGCUGCUGAUGGAUUGGAAUGUGAAGAAGCAGUAAUGGUGCUAUUUCACUAUGUUAUGGAUAAAUGACAGUAAAUGACAAGGACAAAAAAAUCUAAGAUUUACUGUAUUUGUAACUGCAUUUUCAAAUCUCCAUCUUGAUUUAUUUUGGUGGAAAUUUUGGUCUUAAUAGUGGACAUUUUAUAAGUGGCAAAGGUUUUAUUUCAUCAGUUUAAUACAUGUAUAGAUGGUUUCAACGGCAACUACAUAAACAAACGUUUUGUGGCCCAAACUUUACUUCCGGUGCACCUCCGCAAAGAAUUAAUAUCUGUUGAGUGGUUUUAAUUGAAUUAAAUACAAUUAAUAUACAAUAUAAUAUUAAUAUAAAUUAAAUAUAGCAUAAAGCAUUAUAUCAUAACCAAACACACACCGGAAGUUAACUUCAGGCCGGUUGAGAGCGUCCGAUGAAACCGUCUGAUUUGAUGAUGGUAGUUAACAUGGUAAAGGCAGUUUGCUUAUAUAUAUUAUUGCUUUUUCUAUUUAUGCGAAUAUUUUUACAUGAUUUUGAAGAUUUUCUAACAUUUCUAAUGCAACUAUUCUACAUAGCAUUCUUAAGUAUACAUUUUAUCCAGCAAACUUUUAGAGGUGGUCAGAUUAAAUGCCCGUUGGGCCAUGGUGUGGCCAUUAGGUUUGCUUUUUCAGAGUGUUCCCGACAUGCCUGCGAAGGGCGUAACACUUUAUCGGCAGGAGCAAAAGCAACAUCAAAGCUCCAAACGUGUUGUUCAGCACUCCUCAACCAGGUGUUCCAGCUGUCAGUUGGUGAUAAAGGAGCAGGUCCAGGCCUCUGAGGCUAUGGCAGAACCAGCCUACACAGUGCCAACCUUCAGGGAGAGGGCUCCUGAGGGCAUGCAGGAGUAUCAGAGGAUGUCCGCUCACUUUGGAAGAGACCUGGUCCAAAUCCAACAAGAGCUGCACAGAAUGAAAGUGGUCACAAAACAGCAAGUGGAAAACAUUGAGAUUACUAGACAGGUUAGGGGAAUGAUGCAAGUCAGGAAGGAUUUUCUUGCUGAGGUUCCCAGAGCACCAGACUUUCUAGUCAGUCUGAGACCUCACACUGUUUGGGAGAAGACCCCGGUGAAGUUGUUCUGCACUGUGUCCGGCCAGCCGGUCCCUAUUGUCAAAUGGUAUAAGAAUAAUGUUGCUAUUGAGCCUUUGAGCACCCCUGGAAAGUACAAGAUUGAGAACAAGUAUGGAGUUCAUAGUCUGAUCAUUAGCAGAUGUGGACUGAGUGAUUCUGGAACGUACAGUGCUGUGGCUACCAAUCCCCAUGGAAAGGUCAUCUCAAAGGCUACUGUCUGUGUCAGGAGGGCACAAGGAGGAGGAGAGCUCGCCCAUCUGCCAGGACUAGUCCCUCUGCUCAGUGGCUUUCAUGCCAGUAAACUGGAAGUGACUCUGCUGGACAAGUUUAGAGUGACUUUUGGUACCGAGGGAGAAUCUAUUAGUCUGAUGUGCACCAUGGUUGUGGUGCCUGAUCUGCCAAACCUGCCACCAGAGGCCAUGUGGUACAGAGACGAUACUUUGUUAACACCAUCCAGGUGGGCCGAAAUGUCUAUUGGUGGUGGCGUCGCCAAGCUCACGUUUCCACACCUGAACAAGGACGAUGAGGGCCUAUACACCCUUCGCAUUUGGACCAAGGAAGGAACCACUGAACACAGUGCUUACAUGUUUGUUAAAGAUGCCACGCCCACAGUGUCCGGUGCCCCUGGAGCCCCCAUGGAUGUCGUUGCCUCUGAUGUCAAUGCUGAUUAUGUCCUGAUCUCCUGGAAAACUCCUAACACCACCCAUGAGGCUCCGAUCGUUGGCUACUUUGUGGACAGACGUAAGUCUGGAACUAAAGACUGGGUCCAGUGUAAUGACUCCCCUGUGAAAAUUUGCAAGCUGCCCGUCCAUGGCCUGACUGAAGGUGCAUCCUACCACUUCAGAGUGAGAGCUGUGAACAAAACUGGCAUCAGUCUGGCCUCUAGGAUGUCCUCUGGAGUGAUCGCUGGAGAACUGGAGAGUGAUGUGGAAGUGGUUAAAAUCGAAGGGAAAUAUGACAUUGUGAUUCGACAGGAGGAUCUACAAGGAGUGUAUGUUACAAUACCAGAACAACCCACCAAUGUGCAUGCUACAGAAAUAAACAAAACAUACAUUGUUCUGAGUUGGACCCCACCGAGCCCUCGUGGACGGGCACCAGUGUGGUACCUCAUUGAGAAGUAUGUAGGUGACAGUCACCUCUGGCAGAGAGUCAACACCGCCGUCCAGCUACGCUCUCCUCGGUACCCUGUUUUCGAUAUGGAGGAUGGGAAAUCUUACCGUUUCCGCGUAAUCACUGUCAACAAGUAUGGCUCAAGUGAGCCGUCAGAACCCACAGAUCCCAUCCAAAAGGUGGACCCUCAUGGUAUUGUUACAAACAUUGGUGUCCCAUCUGCCCCAGGACAGGUGAUCGCUUCCAGAAACACUAAAACCUCUGCUUUCGUGAAGUGGGAGGCUCCCAAACACCCCAACAACCUCAUGGGUUACUAUGUGGACGCCUCCGUGGUCGGCUCCAAGACCUGGUUCCCUUGUAACCACAGGCCUUACAAACACACCAGGUUUGUGGUCCACGGUUUGGUCCCAGGUGAUACCUACGUUUUUCGUGUGCAAGCUGUGAAUGCUUAUGGACUGAGCGAAGAGUCGCAGGAAUCUGAACCACUCUUCAUCGAUGCUGCACUCAAGAGGCCAGUGGAGUACGCCACCCCCUCCGCUCCAUACGGCAUUUGUCUUCUGAGCUGUGACGGAUCCUCUAUGACUCUGGCCUGGAAACGCCCCAAACACACGGGAGGCACCAAGAUCACAUCUUAUUACCUGGACAAGCGCGAAGCAGGAUUAAUAAACUGGAAGGAGGUCAGCCCCAGCCCAGCCGUCCACAGGAUCUUUACGGUGGAAAAUCUGACUGGUGGAGUUUUCUAUGAGUUUAAGGUUCAGGCUGCUAACUUGGCUGGAGUUGGCUUGCCGUCUGAUCCCAGCAAAGCUUUUGCCUGCGAGGCCUGGACAAUGCCUGAACCCGGUCCAGCGUAUGACAUCAGUUUCUGGGAGGUGCGUGAUACCUCUCUCCUGGUACAGUGGAAGGCACCCGUGUACGCUGGAGAGAGUACUGUCACUGGAUACUUUGUGGACAUGGCUAAGAACGGCUCAUCGGAUUUUGUCACUGUUAACGCUGAGCCUGUUGGCCAUUGUUACCUGAGGGUAACUGAACUGGAGGCUGGGCAAUCAUAUGUGUUUAAACUGCGAGCUGUGAAUGCUAAAGGUGUCGGUAAAGUCUCCGAUUUGUCUGAUCCUGUAUGUGCAAAAGCACUGCCAGGUACUAAGGAAAUUGUGUGUGGCGUGGAUGAAGAAACUGGAGACAUUUUCCUCAAAUUUGAAGCUUGUGAGGUUUCUGAGACCUCCAAGUUCACUUGGUCGAAGUCCUACAAGGAAGUCACUGAAUCAAACAGAGUCACCAUCACAUCUUCUGGAAGACAAUCAAGGAUGACAUUUGUAAACGCUGAGAAGGAAGAUCUGGGCACCUACUCUGUGGCAGUGACUGAUACCGAAGGAGUUUCAUCCAGUUACACCAUAAAUGAAGAAGAACUCAAAAAAGUGCUUGAGUUGAGCUACAACAUCAGACACCCCAUCGUUCCAUUGAAGACGGAGCUGAAUUAUGAGAUUCUGGAGAAGGGUCAUGUGCGUUUUUGGGUGCAGGCAUUGAAGCUGUCGACCUCUGCAAACCACAGGUUCAUCGUCAACGAUAAAGCCAUUUCGAGCACUGAGGGAUUCAAAAUCAGCCAUGAUGUUAACACUGGAAUCAUCCAGAUGACCAUUGAACACUUCACCAAGGCCAAUGAAGGCACAUACACCAUUCAGAUCCACGAUGGCAAAGCCAAGAGUCAAAGCUCACUGGUUCUGGUGGGAGAUGCAUUCAAAGUUGCUCUGAAGGAAGCUGAGUUCCAGAGAAAAGAACACAUCAGAAAACAAGGUCCUCACUUCUCCGAGUACCUGACUUUCCAUGUGACGGAUGACUGCACGGUUAUGCUUGUCGGCAAGCUGGCCAAUGUGAAGAAAGAGACAACAUUCGCCUGGUUUAAAGAUGAUGAAGAAAUUACACUUGAUGUUCCACCCAACCCAAUGUCUGGAUCUUGUGCCCUUCCUAUCCCUAUGUUCUCAAGAAAAGAUCAAGGAAUUUACAAAGCUGUACUGGGUGAUGAUCGUGGAAAAGAUACUUCUGUAUAUGAUAUUUCUGGCAAAGUGUUUGAAGACAUCAUCAAUGCCGUUGCUAGUAUUGCUGGUUCCUCUGCAUCUGAAUUGGUUCUUCAGUGCACACCAGAGGGUAUCAGACUGCAAUGCUACAUGAAGUACUACACAGAGGAGAUGAAAACCAGCUGGUUUCAUAAAGAGAGUAAGAUCUCCUCCUCAGAGAAGAUGAGAAUUGGAGGUACAUCUGAAAUGGCCUGGAUGCAGAUCUGUGAGCCCACAGAUAAGGAAAAGGGUCAUUACACCAUUGAGGUCCAUGAUGGCAAAACAUCACACUCUCGCACCUUUGACCUUUCUGGACAAGCAUACACUGAUGCUUAUGCAGAGUUCCAAAGACUCAAGGCUGCUGCCUUUGCCGAGAAGAAUCGUGGCAGGGUGGUAGGUGGUCUCCCAGAUGUUGUCACUAUUAUGGAGAAGAAGACCCUAAGUCUUACUUGUACAGUGUGGGGUGACCCCAGUCCAGAGGUCACCUGGUUUAAGAAUGAGCAAGAAGUUUUGUCCGAGGACCGCUACAAGAUCACCUUUGAGAGCGGCAAAUUCGCCAGCCUCACCAUCAACACCGUGACCGUGGAUGACUCUGGAAAAUUCAGCAUCAACGUAAGGAACAAAUACGGAGGUGAAUUCGUUGAGAUCACAGUCAGUGUCUACAAACAAGGCGAUGAUAUUCCUGAGCCUAAACUGGGACAGAUGUCCAGAUCCGCUCCACAGGCAGCAAAGACCCCGACUCCUCAAACUCCUACGCCCUCCAUUAAGUCCCCAACCCCUACUCCACCUCCCUCUGUGAAGUCCCCAACUCCAUCUCCAGCUCCCUCUGUGAAGUCCCCAACUCCAUCUCCAGCUCCCAAAUCUCCAACCCCACCGAGAUCCAUGAGAUCCCCCACUCCACCAAGAUCUGUGAGAUCUCCCACUCCUACUAAGAAAUAAACUGGCUAAUUGCAUCUACAAACUUGUGAGGCAUUGGUAGAGUUGAUGUAUAGUGUUUAAAAACAAUACAACUUUUAGUUUGCUGCUUUUUUGCUGCACUGCAAGUCAGUAUGAGUCACCAGUACAGUAAAGAGUUUAUAGAUACUUGUCAUAAACAGAAGAUUAAUUUAAGUAAAGAUCAACUUUAAACUCAAGACUACGCCUCCAAUGUACCAGUUCAUCUCUAAAAAUGAGGAAAUCAAUUGGAAGUUUGUGUUAUACGUGUUGCUUUCUCAUCAAAAAGAUGAGAGAUGUGUUGUUGGGUCAGUCAGAAUGAUCGAAAAAGGCCAUCACUGUCUAACCUGUCAUUGUUCUGUACCCCCAAAUAAAAAAGCAGUCUCCUCUGCGGAGUGAAUCUUA